AAUUGGCUGAGGGAUCUAGCAUCUUUCUUUCCUCACAACAUCUCCUCUCCUCUCGCAGAGCAAAGAAGAAAUCCUCUCGCCCGUCGUCGGUCCAUCUUCCAUUCGUCCGUUUAGCUUCCAGAAAUGGCACAGAUCAGCUUCGUGAGGGCUUUUGUUGCAGCUUUGGUGAUGGCGCUUUUCAUUGCCGUCUCGGCUCAGAUCAGCGAGUCUUCUGCUGCGGCUCCUGGUCCUCUCCCCGAUGCUAGAUCCUCUCUGGCGGUUUCUGGUGUGGUCCAUCUUCAAUUCGUCCGUUUAGCUUCCAGAAAUGGCACAGAUUAGCUUCGUGAGGGCUUUUGUUGCGGCUUUGGUGAUGGCGCUUUUCGUUGCCGUCUCGGCUCAGAUCAGCGAGUCUCUUGCUGCGGCUCCUGGUCCUCUCCCCGGUGCUGGAUCCUCUCUGGCGGUUUCUGGUGUCGCCGUUGGGGUGUCUUUGAUCGUAUCUCUUCUCGCUCUGUUGAAGCAGUAGAUUAGGUUGGGGAUUGUGUUUCGGGUACAUAGAAUCACAAGGAUAUGAUGAUUUGUGGGUUUUGUUGUUCAUUUGUUUGAUGAUUCUUUGUUAUUUGUUUGGAUAAUAAAUUGAAUUCUUUUAGUAAUAAAUUCUAGUGUUCCAA